GAUUAAUACUUUAAUGUGCAGAAUGGAGAGAGAGGAAGAGAGGGAACGGCGUCGUUUGCGUGACCGACAGAGAAGGCAAUCAAUGACUAAAGAGCAGAGGGAACGACACCUUGCACGGCGGCGCAGAAACUACCAGCUUCGGCGGCAGAGAGCCGCAAAUACUCCAUUACCGCCUCUUCCUCAAUCAACAUCUUCUCAACCUUCACACGACACGUUACAAAUUCUUCAAGAUACAAUGAUGAAUAAUGGAGCGUCAAUUGAGAUGGAAGGUUUUCCCAAGCGAUUAAGUAUUGUGAAACGGCUUGCAAGAAACUUUGGAAAUACAGAGAGUGUUACGACACUGGACAGUUAUCAUCUCGCACCAGAUUUUAUAUCAGGUUCAAGUAAAGGUGGCACGACAAACAUCUUACGUUUGAAUAGUGUGAAACGCCUUGCUCGAUCAUUGAGUUUUGCUGUGGAGAAACAGCCAUCCUGAAAUAACGACAGUCGUUAACUAAUACUUAGUUUCUUGUUAGAAUGAAUGUAACUUUCUGUUUUCUUUUUUAAUGUAUAAUGGUAAUCAAUUUAGACAGUGUAGAACAAAAUAGGACACGUGAUUGUGUAGUGAAUCUCUCGUGCCCUUGUAAUUUUACAAUCAGUACCAGGCAAAUACUACAUUAAUUCUAUGGAAAAUGAUAUUUUAACAUUAUUUUUACGCCAUUUUGACACUACACACGUGUCAAAAUGUGAUUCGACGAUUUCA